GCCAGAAAGUUAAUCAGGCGUUCCUCCAAUCAGGUAGGUGUAUUCCAGAAGAGGACAUUUCUCGCGAUAUCAUCAAACACUGUAAAUAGGCGGAGCUGCAACGUUGCAUUUUCGGCAACAACCACCAUCGGCGCGUCAUUGGGAAAGCUACAGCGACAGUAGAGAGCAGCCCUUUGGGUGAGCUUAUCUAAAGCGAAAACCAUUAACCAAAAAUGACGAGGGGAAACCAGCGUGAACUUGCCCGACAGAAGAAUGCGAAGAAGCAGAAUGAGAACGGCAAGGGCAAGCGCAAUGAUGAUGGCCUCUCGGCUGCUGCGAGGAAACAGAGGGAUGCCGAAAUAAUGCAGCAAAAGCAGAAGGCGGCAAAUGAUAAAAAAGAGCCAGGUUCUAAAUAGUGUCCGACUCAUAUGGAUCCCCCUCACACCAAGAUCACCUAAGUUUUUAAUAUUGCCCUAUGUGACCUGAGAAUGAAUUUGGGUACUCAUGUGUGUUGAGGCUCCAGAAAGCAGACCAUUGUUGUAUCUUUAUAACUGUGAGGGGUGCUCUUAUUUUUUAUUUUAUUUUAAAAAUCAGUGUCCCAUCUUUUGAAGCAGACUCUUUGGUUGAAUGAGGAUUUGGCUGUUUGAUCACCACAGUGCACAGGUCUCAGUUUUCUUGAUCAGGAUUUACAAUGUAAACAAAAGCUGCAAGAAUGAACAGACUAAUCCAUAGUUUGGAAGUAACCCAAUCCCGUAUUUUUGUAACCUCUCCCUCUCCUUCCUCAAUUGUAAUAAUGUAAUAAAAUGUAAAUCUUUCAUGCA